AGGAUGUAUGGGUCAUUUUGACCAGUCAUUCCCUCGCUCUGGCAUCCCACAAUUUUUCCGCCUCCCUCCAAAAGAGAUAAUAAUAUUUAGAGGCGCUCGCUGGGGCUGAAUGAGAAUUAGCCCUAGGCGCAGCCCAUCAUUAGGACGGGACAGCCGGGCCACUGUGACAUUUUUUAGAAAGCUGAGAUGAUGGAAAGAAUAAGAAAAGAGAUGAUUCUGAUGGAGAGAGGGCUGCACAGCCCCACGGCCGGCAAGAGGUUCUCCAAUUUGUCCGACUCAGCUGGCAAUGCUGUACUCGAGGCCCUGGAAAAUUCGCAGCACCCGGCUCGCCUCAGCCCUCGCCUGCCGUCCGCCCCCCUGCACAGCGCUCUGGGAGACCUCCCUGCCAAGGGCAAAUUCGAAAUAGACACUUUGUUCAACCUGCAGCACCCGGGCAGCGAAAGCACCGUCUCCUCCGAAAUUGCGUCCGCCGCGGAGGGCCGCAAAAAGCCGGGCCAUUAUUCAGAGGCUGCCGCUGAGGCGGACAUGAGCAGCGACGUGGAGGUGGGCUGCUCCGCGCUGCGCUCCCCCGGCGGCCUCGGCGCCGCGCCGCUCAAGGAAAACAAUGGCAAAGGGUACGCGGAGAGUGGCUCAGCUGCGGGCACCACGACGUCUGCGUCGGGCUCUGGCCUCGGCAGCCUGCAUGGAGGCGGUGGCAGCGGAGGCAGCGGCGGGGGCCCGGCUCUGGGAGGCUCCGGCUCCGGCGCGGAUCAGGUGCGGCGCUACCGCACGGCGUUCACCCGAGAACAGAUCGCGCGCCUGGAGAAGGAGUUCUACAGGGAGAACUAUGUGUCGCGUCCCCGCCGGUGCGAGCUGGCUGCUGCGCUCAACCUGCCCGAAACCACUAUCAAGGUGUGGUUCCAGAACCGACGCAUGAAGGAUAAGCGGCAGCGCCUGGCCAUGUCCUGGCCGCACCCGGCCGACCCCAGCUUCUAUACCUACAUGAUGACGCACGCGGCCGCCACCGGAAGCCUGCCCUACCCCUUCCACUCGCACGUGCCGCUGCAUUACUACCCGCACGUGGGUGUCACGGCUGCGGCCGCGGCGGCUGCGGCCUCUGGCGCAGCCGCCGCGGCCUCAUCGCCCUUCGCCACUUCUAUACGCCCGCUGGACACCUUUCGCGCCCUCUCGCACCCCUACUCUCGGCCGGAGCUGCUGUGCAGCUUCCGACACCCAGGCCUCUACCAGACGCCUGCGGCCGCCGCGGGGAUUAACAGCGCGGCCUCGGCCGCGGCGGCGGCGGCGGCGGCUGCGGCCGCGGCCUCCUCGGCCGCGGCAGCCGGGGCGCCCCCCAGCGGCGGCUCCGCGCCCUGCUCGUGCCUCAGUUGCCACAGCAGUCAAUCCGCCGCGGCGGCAGCUGCGGCCGCCGCCGCCGCCGCUCUGGGGUCCCGGGGUGGCGGCGGGGGCGGCGGGGGUGGCGGCGGCGGCGCGGGGGCCGCCGGAGGCUCGGACUUCGGCUGCAGCGCAGCGGCGCCGCGCUCUGAGAGCGGCUUCCUGCCCUAUUCAGCUGCUGUGCUUAGCAAGACCGCGGUGAGCCCGCCGGACCAGAGGGACGAGGCGCCGCUCACUAGAUAACUACGUCGUCACCGCCAGGGGGCCGUUCCCGCCUCUCAGAGUGUGCCCGGGAGCCCCCUGAGCGACCCCCGCGCCCAGUGUGCGCCCACGUGCCCUCAGCGCGCUGCCCUCUGCUGAAGCUGCCGCCAGGGGGCGCCCCAGCGCGGGAGGCCGAAGGGAACCUGCCCCAGUUGGGGGGAAAGAGCCGGUGCGAAAGCCGGGCAGGCGUCCCCUCAAAUUAUUUCUAUUUUUAUAUUUGCUACCCAGCCACCUCCCCUCCUCUGUUUCCCGCCGCCCAGACCCCGCUUCCUGCCUCUGUCCCGAGCUCUUGGUCUCCCCAAGACAAUCCCUUCCUCCUGAUACCAGUCCUCUGGCCCUGGCUUAAGCCCUCAGGCCUGGUUCCUCGGCUGAACCACGUGGCCGGAAUCAACCGAGAACCGCAACAAAGAGAGAAGGGAAUGGUGUGCGCUAGUGCUUUAUGCGGGAGAGAAAGCCACCUCCGAUGUUCCUGCUGCUGCUCUGUUUCUUCCAUCCCUUCUUUUCUUAAACGAGGGUGAGAGGAGGUAGAAUUUUUCUCUCAGCCUGAGCUUAUUAGGGACCCUGUCGAAGAAGAGCGGAGGAACGGAGGUCUGAGAGGAAGGCCAGGAGGGCGGAUGGAGAGCGGGGACGGCUGUGGGUGUGUUUGUGAAAUUGUUUACUGUGUGCUGGGGCAAGGAUGGUGGGGCUGUGGCCGCCGUCCCCGGGAAAGACGAAGUCACAAAGCCGGGGUGGGAAGGGGCGGCGGUCUCGUUUCCUCUCUCUCGGUCCAACGCAGUUCUCUCUUUUGAUUUUCGGUUUGGAAUGGAGGCGUCUUGCGUGUUUUAUGCAAAAAGUAAAGACUAAUGCGGUUGCCAUGGUCAGGCCAGGAAAGGAAAGGGAAACGAAAAGAAUGGGGAGGGCAAGACUGACAGAUCGCCAUAGUAUUUGAAGAAGCGUUUGCAGCUCAGUUUUCCAACUACCGGGUUUCCACUAUAUCUGGGAAAUACUUGAAUUUCUAGAUUUAUAUUGUCCUGAAGCAUUUUCUUAGACACUUUUCUAAGUUCGAACUCUAUUUCCCCUCACCCUCUUCUCUCCUCGCUUUCCUUUCCUCGGGUAAAAUGGUUCUUGGCUUAUUUCUCACGCAUGUCUAUUGCGCCUCCGCCUCUGCAAAGCCACCGCUGGGUGUUGAGACCAGCUCUGCCAACCCUGGCUGCUGGAGGGGUUUCCUUGAACUUGAAGAAAGGCACAUCAAAACCCACCAGUGUUAACUGCCACGUCAAUUUUGAUGCUAAUAAUGUGCAGAUUAUGACGAAAAUUGCCAAUCAUGCUCUCUGAUGGACCUCCUUUGAAUGUGGAAUUGGAGAAAAGUUCCCCGCACGGAGACCUGCUGUCAAGUACUAACAACCCGCUAAGGGAAGUCAUUAGGAGAGACGGAUAAGAGACUCGGUACAUAAAACAUUGUUCUUGGUGCAUAGAAUGUAUGUUAUUUAAUGUUAUCUCUGUUACCUGAAGUGAUUUCGCAGAAGAAAGCCACGUUCUUAUCAUCUCAAUUGCCAAUUUUCAUUUUGGUAACUUGGACGCCCUGGGUAGACUUUUCUCUGUUAAGUUGAUAUUCCACCAAUGUGAACAGCCUCAUUAAAUCAAGCCCAGAUAUUUCCAUAAUGCUCCCCGCAGAGCCACUUCGCUCCUCACAUAAUGAGAUUUUUCUGAAGAGUUGAAGCUCUAAAAUAACUUGCUAGUGCAUGUUUAGAUCCAGCGAAGUGGGUAUGUGUGUGUAUUUAAAUGUAGGUGUGCCACCUACAUAUCCGUGUGUGUAUGUAUAUGUAUAUAUACAUAUAUGUGUGUAUAUAUUCUCUUAAGCAUAUACAUAUGUGAGAGAUACACACACAUCCGUAUAUAUCCAUUGGCACUCUUUUCUGUGAUUUAUUUCAAAUUCGUGUUCUGACAUAUUUGUGUUAAAGACACUGGAUUUUAAAAAUUUAUUUCCUAAAAAUAGGCUUUCAGGAAACUCUUGAAAGAAUUCACUUUACAGGGGGAAAUUAUUAUUUUCAUCGAAUGGAAAAUAUUUCAAGGGGAAAUGGUAUAAUUCCCUGGGGUCUAUUAAGAUAUUCCCGUAAAAUAUUAGAGAACUUCCCAAUGAAAUAGCAAUGAUCUAAAGCUCAACUUUUGUUUUCUUUUUUCUUUAAGGAGAUGAGACUAUUUAUGUUAAAAAUGGAUUAUACCAGCUCUUACUGCGUUUACAUUAAAAUAUUAAUAUAUAAUUUAAGGCUAAAUAAAAUAAACCAAAAUAUGGUACCCUUUUAUCAGCUUUACCUUGUAGAUUGUUAAAGUCCUUUCUUAUGAUCAGCUAUCAGAUGUAUAUAAGUACUUUAGGCAAUAAUGUUUACAUUUCCCUCCAAAAUAUAUAUAAUUGAUGAGAACGCUGGUUGGUAAAAUUAACAUAAAUUCAUCUUACGUUAGGUCCGUUGGAUCUGGUUAUUAUAUUAAAACAAAACUGUAAAUAAAGUCUUCGUGCUUUAAAUAUUGCUGGCUGUAUGAACUCACUGUAAGAUAUUUUACAAAUGUGCAAUAAUUACAAAGCUUUGUAUAUUACGUUAUUUAUUGUGUUUGGUCAUGUAAAAUAAAUGUUAUUUAAAUCAA